AUGGGCCGGACUCUGGAAUACCCUAAAGGACCGCUAAACACGGUGAAGCGUGCUGGCUUGGAACGCGGGAAAUAUGAGUUGGGGCUCGUGCAUUCCAUCAUUCAGACCAGUUUGGUGCUGGAUGUGUCAUUUACGCCUAGUCCGGAGGACGAGUUUCCUGCGAUUCUGCCCAUGAUCGGGGCCAUGGGAUCGUUCGAUAACCCCAGCUCGGGCCUCGAUGAGCCGCUUGAUUGCUACCUCCACGGCUACGUGUCGAACCGGAUGAACAAUCUUGUGCGCAAAGCGCAGAGCGAAGGCAAGCCUGGCCUUCCAGUCUGCAUCGCGGCCAAUCGCGUCGACGGUCUGGUCCUGGCGCUCUCAGGUUUCCACCACUCUAUGAACUACCGCUCUGCCUGCCUGUUCGGCUACGCGAAUGUCGUGACGGACCCGCAAGAGGUCUUGUAUGGCAUGACCAUCAUCACCGACAAGGUCGUCCAGGGUCGGUGGGACAAUACCAGACUACCUCCCACAAAGGCCGAUAUCUCGUCCACAGCGAUUCUCCGGGUCACGAUUAAAACGGGGAGUGGGAAAGUCAGGAACAAAGUACCCGGCGAUGACAAGGAAGAUAUGGAGAAUGAAGAUCUUCUUAACAGAGUCUGGACCGGCUAUGUGCCAGUGACUGAAACACUUGGUGAACCUGUGCCCAGUGCUUACAACAGGGUCAAGGAAGUUCCGGGAUAUCUGGCCAAGCACCGAGAGGAAUACAACGAUGCCAUCACCACAUACUCGGAAGACUUUCUCCAGAAGAUGAAGAACUGA